AAUGUCUUUUAAUGUUUAUUUUCUCAGAAGUUAUAUGUGAAAAGACCAAACACAGUCCAUCUUAUGCUGUGAAUUUCAUCCUAAUCCAAAAGGUGGUGCUGAAGUGACUCUCCUCAUGAGGAGAAGAUCAUGAAUCCCUCAGAAGAAUAGUUCGACCUUUAGAAAUGUCAGCUCCUGAAGUUUCACACAGCUCCUUUAAGAAUGUUUUCUUCCGCAUGUUUAGCUUUAAUAGAAAAUCUGUCUCUUCUUGUGUUCAUGGCAUCCUUCCUGUAAUGUGGUAACUCUAUAACUACAGGCUUAAGUGACUCAGGGUCAAAGUCCAACCACACAUAACUACAAGAAAUCAGGAAGCGACUUCAGGAAACACGUUUCUGUUUGAAAAGAGAUGGAAAUCAGCUGUUUGACACUCGGCAUGAUGCUGGUGGCUCAUGUGACGUCAGUGUGUGCCGAACAGCUCGGUAUCAUAGAGAGCAUCCUGCUGUCGAUCCACCAUCGCCCUUGGCUGUUGGGCGUCUACGUCUUCGCUGUUGGACUUCCAGUCAUCCUCUUCAUAAGCUUCAUGUGGCCUGACAAGAGGUUUGGGCCUCCUGAUCAACCGUAUUAUUAUAAGAAGUCUGAUGAUGCUCAGCCAGAUGAUCCAGAGAGGAAAUCAGCAGACGUCAGAGGAACUUGCAUCUGUGAAGAGGAAGCUCCAUCAGUUCAUAAGAGGAUGCUGAACAAACACUGAGAAUACGCUCUCUCUAUGUAUGUAUGUAUAUAUAUAUAUAUAUAU